GUGGAGACCAAGCCACAUGCCUACCUGCUUGACCUCACCAAGACCCCUCCUCUUCUCUUCACCUCACAGUGUUCGCACAGCGAGGCCUCCACACCCAGGCCGAGGACCGCCUCUUCAAACACCUCUUUGGAGACUAUAACCGCUGGGCACGGCCAGUGCCCAACACUUCAGAUGUGGUCAUCGUGCGCUUUGGUCUGUCCAUCGCCCAGCUCAUUGAUGUGGAUGAGAAGAACCAAAUGAUGACCACCAAAGUCUGGCUAAAGCAGGAGUGGAACGACUACAAGCUGCGCUGGAACCCAGUGGAUUUUGGCAACAUCACCUCCCUCCGGGUCCCGUCGGAGAUGAUCUGGAUCCCCGACAUUGUCCUCUACAACAAUGCAGAUGGGGAGUUUGCGGUGACACACAUGACCAAGGCCCACCUCUUCUCCACUGGCACAGUGCACUGGGUGCCCCCGGCCAUCUAUAAGAGCUCCUGCAGCAUCGACGUCACCUUCUUCCCCUUCGACCAGCAGAAUUGCAAGAUGAAGUUCGGCUCCUGGACCUAUGACAAGGCCAAGAUCGACCUGGAGCAGAUGGAGCAGAUGGUAGACCUGAAGGACUAUUGGGAGAGUGGCGAGUGGGCCAUCGUCAAUGCCACGGGCACCUACAAUAGCAAGAAGUACGACUGCUGUGCGGAGAUCUACCCCGAUGUCACAUACUACUUUGUCAUCCGCCGGCUGCCACUCUUCUACACCAUCAACCUCAUCAUCCCUUGUUUGCUCAUCUCCUGCCUCACCGUGCUGGUCUUCUACCUGCCCUCCGAGUGUGGCGAGAAGAUCACACUGUGCAUCUCGGUGCUGCUCUCGCUCACUGUCUUCCUGCUGCUCAUCACUGAGAUCAUCCCAUCCACCUCUCUGGUCAUCCCGCUCAUCGGGGAGUACCUGCUCUUCACCAUGAUCUUCGUCACGCUCUCCAUUGUCAUCACAGUCUUCGUGCUCAAUGUGCACCACCGCUCCCCCAGCACCCACGACAUGCCCCGCUGGGUGCAGUUGGCCCUGCUGGGCUGUGUACCCCGAUGGCUGCUGAUGAACCGGCCCCUGCCACACCUGGAGCUCCAGGAGCCCCGGGGCCUGAAGCUCAUUCCCUCUUAUCACUGGCUGGAGACCAAUGUGGAUGCUGAGGAGAGGGAAGGAGAAGAGGAGGAAGAGGAGGAAGACAGAUGGGUGUGUACCGGCCACCCAGCCCCCUCUGUGGGUGUCCUCUCCACCCGUGAUGCCCUACACUUGGGAGUCUCAGGGCCCAAAUCUGAGGCUCUGUCAUCACAGGAGGGUGAGAUCUUGCUGUCACCUCGCAUACAGAAGGCACUAGAGGGCGUGCACUACAUCGCUGAUCACCUGCGGUCUGAGGACGCUGACUCUUCGGUGAAGGAGGACUGGAAAUAUGUUGCCAUGGUCAUUGACAGGAUAUUCCUCUGGUUGUUUAUCAUUGUCUGCUUCCUGGGAACCGUCGGGCUCUUUCUUCCUCCCUUUCUGGCUGGCAUGAUCUGACCUCAAGUCCCUUGUGUUGGCUCCAAGGUGGAGUUGCCAAGCAUCUUCUGACCAUCUUUAACUGUGGCUGCCUCUGGUGUAUCCUUUGGAGUGAGCAUCUUCUGCUUGUGGUGCCUCUGUGAAGCCCUAAACUGGUCCAGUCAUAGAAGCUUUCUUGAGACAGUUGUCUUGACA